UGAUAACGAUUUACUUCGUGUACAUCUUAACCUGCUGUUACUUUGACACAUGAUUCGGUCAUAAGAUAGAUCAAUAUAAUUAUUAAAUCACAUGAUAACAUUUUUACAUAUAGUAUCUUACACAGACAACAUGAACAUUUUGAUUUUUUGCGUAGUAGUAUUUGCUGUCGUCAAUGCCUUAGAUAACGGACUUGGACGAACUCCCCCGAUGGGAUGGUUGUCUUGGGAACGUUUCCGGUGUAACACUGACUGCUUAAAUGAUCCAGAUAAUUGUAUAAGCGAAAAAUUGUACAUGCAAAUGGCAGAUCACAUGGAACAAGAUGGCUACCUUGUUGCUGGCUAUGAAUAUGUAAAUAUUGAUGAUUGUUGGAUGGCUAUGGAGAGAGGUUCCGAUGGUAAGCUGGUGGCAGACCCAAAACGGUUUCCUCGUGGAAUAAAAUUUUUGGCAGAUUAUGUUCACAGUAAAGGACUAAAGCUUGGUAUUUACGAGGACUUUGGAACCCAUACAUGUGGAGGGUACCCAGGAAGUAAAUUCUAUAUGGAGCUGGACGCUCAGACAUUUGCAGACUGGGGCAUAGAUAGUCUAAAGUUAGAUGGCUGUUAUAGUGGCAUUGAGGACAUGAAAGAUGGUUAUCCUAUCAUGGAGUUUUAUCUGAAUAAGACUGGACGACCAAUGUUAUAUUCUUGCAGCUGGCCAGCCUACGUAGUUUUUAGUGGCACAAUUCCAAAUUACAAAUCAAUUGCUAACAGUUGUAACAUUUGGAGAAACUAUGCCGACAUCGAUGAUUCCUGGGAUAGCGUGAAAGGAAUAAUAGAUUUCUAUGGUAACGAUAAUGGAAGCUUUAGUUCAUUUGCUGGGCCAGGGCAUUUCAAUGACCCGGAUAUGAUCAUUGUUGGUGACUUCGGACUAAGCUAUGAACAACAGAAAUCACAGAUGGCGCUGUGGGCAGUCAUGGCUGCUCCACUGAUGAUGUCAAACGACCUGAGACAAAUUGAUCCUCAAUCUAAAGCAUUACUACUUAAUAAAAAUGUCCUCAAGAUAAACCAGGAUCCAAUGGGAAUUCAAGGCAAAAGAAUAUUAAAAACAAAGGAUAUGCAGGUAUGGACACGGCCAAUUAUGCCAAAAGGAUCUGUGGCUAUUAGCAUUCUAAAUACUGGAGAAGGAGGCGCUGGCACUAAAGUUAAGAUGUUGUGUUCAGACCUCGGACUAACGAGCCCUGGUGGAUAUAUCAUCACAGAGGUUUUUACAGGAUCUGUUGUAGGAUCAUUCAAACCUCAGCAAUAUCUGAACGUCACAGUGGUGCCAUCUGGUGUUUUCUUUGGAUCAGCCACUCUACUCUGAGAGCCAAGAUGAGAAAUGUAUGAAGGCCAUUUGCAUGAAUGAGGAAAAAUAUUAUGAAUAUAAUAUGCACUUCUCUUUGAAAGUUGAAUGAAAUUUUAUAUGUGUGAAUGGAGAAAUGAUC